CGGUGUUAACGUGUUAGCGACGGGGAAGUUUGGAAAGACAGCCGAGGUGUGUCAACGCGUUAUCUUCAUCUUUCUGAAGGGGGGGGCCCUUAUUCGAUUAUCAAGUGUCAAGAGGAAAUAAGAUCUUGACAUUUCUGAAUUGGGUGGAACCCAAACGUGUGUGUGUGUUGCACCCUCCUGCAGGGGGCGAUCAUGAGCUGGGUGGAGCAACAGGAGCUGGACAGGCUUAUCCUCUUGAUCACGCUGCCCCUGUCGUCGGCCAUCAUCCUGGCCAACCUCCUCAUCAUCAUGGGCAUCACCUGCAACCGCCAGCUCCACACCACGCCCAACUACUUCUUCCUGAGUCUGCUGGUGGCAGCGGUGUGCACGGGCGUGGCCUUACCCUUCGUCCCCCGCAUGGGCCUGAACCGGCCGCUGCCCUUCCACGCCUGCCUGCUGGUGCACAUCUUCCCCAACUUCCUGCUUCUCUCCUUCCUUUCCAACCUGGUUAUGGUGCACUACGAGCGCUACCUGUGCAUCGCCAGCCCUCUGCACCACAGUCGCUUUUGGGUGCACCGCUGCUUCCCUGCCGCCCUGCUGGCUGUCUGGCUGCCCCCGCUCCUCUACGCCUGCCUGCCCGCCUUCGGCUGGAACAGCUGGUCUGAGAACGGCCCGCGGGAAGGGCUCAGCAGCAACAACACAACCCACACACCGGCAGUGAGGGGCAGGAACUGCUCCAGGGACAAGUUCGGGGACGGCGAGCUCUGCUCCUACAAGCAGGUGUUCCCCAAAGCCUUCAUCUACGUGGAGGUGUAUGGGCUGCUCCUGCCCGGUAUCGUAGCCAUAGCGGGGAUGACGGCUCGUGUGCUCUGCAUCGCCCGCAAGCAGCUGCGUGAUAUCUGCAGGCUACACCGCGCAGCGGGACAUGAUGGAGGCUCAGCGCACCAGCAGCGACUCAACCUGCGUUACGCCAAGUGCGUUGCCGCUGUCUCCCUCACUUUCCUCGUCUGCUGGGUGCCCUACGUCAUCUCCCUCCAUGUGUCCGUGGUGCUGUUUCACGCCGGAGGGACCAGCAGUUCCUUGAACAUCGUGCUGUCCUGCAUGGGCAUCGGCAGCAUGGCCAUCAUCCCCGUCAUCCUGGGCCUGGCAAACCGGCAGUACACGGAGCCGGUACGGAAUCUGAUGAGAAAACUGUGGGACCGCUGUGCUGGCAGUCUGAACUCGGGAGAUGACGCUGCCUGAAAACCAGGACUUAAAUUGAUCUAAUGAGUUUGAGUACUGAUCUGGGAUCAGAUUUCCUGGCCCAUGUAACUCAAAAAUGUGAUCACUUGACAACACGUUUACUUGUUAAAAUAUAUAUAUAUAUUUAGGCACAGAACAUAUGUAGACAAAGUGCACCACAAAACAACAAUGCAGAUACUGUCUACAAUCUCCGAUCUAAACAGCAUUGGACUUCUUUUAAUUUGCUUUAUACUGUAUAUGUAAGAUAAUUAUGAAAGCAUUAAAAGGGUCAAAAAUCCCAAUAAAAUGAAGUCACUGGAAUCAAAUACAGCACUUCAGUGUUGCAUUUUAUGAUUAGUGACUGGUGCUGGGUACUGGAAUGGUUCUGGUUAUUGCCUUGGUGACGGUUGUAAAUUAUCUAUUCAUGUUGGUGGACUUGUGCACUCGUAACAGCCUCAUUUUUUAACCUUAGUUCUGCCUUCCAUACUGUUUGCCAUUUUCCUCUGUUAGACAGCAUGGAAAAAUGGCCUAGUAUACAUGGGACCAUGGUUGGUUGGUUUAGAUCUCAUCUUUCCAAGCGUUGGGUUUGUUUUGUUGCAUAGCAACAGCGAGUUGGCCGAGGCAUCCCUCAAGGAUCUAUCCUUGAGCUGUUACUGUUUUAAUGCUUAUGUCUUUAGGCAGAUCAUUAGUAAAUUUGGUGCAAGCUUUUAUCUAUAUACUGAUCAUACUCAAAUUUAUAUCAGGACUAAGAGCAACUUCCCAUCUGCUUAUUUUCCAGGGUCUGACUGUCUCUUUCAAAUAAAAAACUGGAUGCAACAGAAUUUUUUCAUCUUAAUUUUAAUUGGCAAACAGUCACCUAUCGUUAUGUCUAGCAAUUUUAAUAUUCACAUAGGUGAUGUUCAGACUUCAGCUUCUCCACAAGUACGUAACCUAGCAGUCAUUUUUGAUAGUCAUGUCAGGAACAUUAUGAAAACCUCUUUCCACCAUUUCCCUAAUGUUGCCAAGUUCAGACCUUUUUCUCACUGAAGUGAAGAAGCUUCUACAUGCUUUUCUUUCCUACUGCUUGGACUA